GCUAAUAAAAAUUUUCAAACUUUUUAAAAUGGGUUUGAAAAUUUUUAAUGUUUUUUUUUGAUUAUUUGUUGAUACUAGUAGGUGCUUUAGUUGGUUUAGCUUUUUUCACUCUGGUUGAGCGUAAGGUGAUGGGUUAUGUUCAUUUUCGCAAGGGUCCUAGCAAGCUUUUUUACAUGGGUCUUUUUCAGCCCUUCAGGGAUGCCAUUAAGUUGUUUUCUAAGGAGUCUUUUAAGGGGUACAAAAUAAAUUAUUUGUUUUUUUUGGGAGGACCGUUAUUAGGAUUAUUUCUUAUGUUCAUUUUGUGGGUGGUUUAUGUAAGGUUAUUUGGGGUUUUUGGGAGAAGGUUUUCUAUUUUGUAUGUGUUCGGAUUUUUGAGAUUAGGGGUUUAUUUUUUGUUAUUUUGUGGUUGGGGCUCAAAUAGAAAAUACUCAUUACUAGGAGGGUACCGAGGGGUUUCUCAAACAGUUUCUUAUGAAGUGACUAUGAUUUUUUUUGUCUUAGGUUUUGUCUACUAUAUCAGCUUUUAUGAUUUUGUUGGAUUGUUUUUUUUUCAGAUUGGGUUUUGGUUUAUGUUUUUUAGAGUGUUUUUGUUUGUGGGGUGGCUUUUUGUGUGUUUGGCUGAGUUAAACCGAACUCCUUUUGAUUUUUCUGAGGGGGAGUCUGAGCUAGUAUCCGGUUUUAACGUAGACUACAGCGGGGGUUUUUUUUCUUUUAUUUUCAUUUGUGAGUAUGGUAUAAUUAUUUUUUUGGGGUUU